GUGCAGCAGCUCUGCUUUGACGCUGAAGUGAAGCCGCUCUUUUUUCGGCUCCGUGGCUCAGAGGAGGAGAGAGAAGUCAGCACAGAGUCCAUCUUCGUACAACAGCUCCCAGACAGUGGAGAGACAGAGGGAGCACAGGAGGACAUAAAGAAAGACGGGGAUAAAGAAGAAAGGAUAAGUCAACGCAGGAGGUGACGACUGAAGGAGGGACUGUAAUGAUGGCUGAGGCACCUGAGCAGCAGCAGCAGCAGCUGGAGGAGGAGGAGCAGCAGCAGCAGCAGCAGCAGCGGCAGGAAGAGGAGGAGGAAGAGGAGCUGGAGGAGCAGGAGUUGGUGGACACUGUGGACACGACAGAGCCUGAUGAAGAGUCCGAAGAGCUGAAGGAGAGCGUCCGCCCACCACCGCCGCGACCUCUGCUGUCCUUCAGGUCCAUGAGCAGCGUCGACCCAGAGGACGACUCCCCCAACAUGAUUGUCUACAGAAAGAUUGAAGACAUUGUCACUCGUAUCCAGGACGAGACGGAGGGUAUUCCCAUCAGAACUGUCAAAAGCUUCAUGACCAAAAUCCCCAGCGUUGUCACAGGUGCAGACAUUGUCCAGUGGCUGAUGAAGAACCUGUGCAUUGAAGAUCCAGCCGAAGCCAUGCACAUCGGGAGUCUCAUCGCAGCUCAGGGCUACUUCUUCCCCAUCUCUGACCACAUUCUCUCCCUCAAAGACGAUGGCACCUUCUACCGCUUUCAGGCACCGUAUUUCUGGCCAUCUCACUGCUGGGAGCCUGAAAACACUGAUUACGCGAUCUAUCUGUGCAAGCGCACCAUGCAGAACAAGACGAGGCUGGAGCUGGCAGAUUAUGAGGCGGAGAACCUCGCCAGGCUGCAGAGAGCCUUUGCCAGGAAGUGGGAGUUUAUCUACAUGCAGGCCGAGGCCCAGGUCAAGAUCGACAGGAAAAAGGAUAAAACGGAGAGGAAGAUCCUGGACAGCCAGGAGAGAGCCUUCUGGGACGUCCACAGACCCGUGCCUGGAUGUGUUAACACUACAGAGAUGGACAUCAGAAAAUGUAGACGCAUGAAGAACCCUCACAGAGUGAAGAAGUCGGUGUACGGCUUAGCGGAGGAGGGAACGCAGACUCAGAGCCCCGUGCACACGCCUUCACACCACUGCAGGAAAGGCACGAAGGAGGACGUCGAGAAAGAGAUCGUAUUCCUGAACACGCAGCUCGACCGCCACUGUCUGAAGAUGUCAAAGGUCGCUGACAGUCUGAUUAGCUACACAGAGCAGUACAUGGACUACGACCCAUUUGUGACAGCACCAGAACCACCAAAUCCCUGGACCAGCGAUGACCCCUCCUUAUGGGAUGUGGAGUUCAGGUAA